AUGAACAGGUCUGGGUACAUUGCCGCACGUUUUUGGUCACGGCUAAGUCCUUUGUCUUUUGGAAACUCUGUCUCACAAUCGAUCUUCAAGUUUAAUCGUCGUUCUUUUUCUUCAAUCAAAGAUGUUAUAGUGGACCCCAAAUCGGCUUCGGUGAAUGGAAAUGUUGAUAUCGUUAACUAUAGUCUUGCCGGUUUGUUUAUCGUUGGCUAUAACGAACAUGGAUUUAUGUUGAGCAACGGGGCCAGCGUUUAUGGACCAAUGGCCUCCUUUCCACAAAACGCAUUUUCUUGGAAUAUCAAUUCAGCCAAAGACAUCAACGAGGACUCACUCUCCUUGUUUAGAAUUCUAUGCCCAGAAAUCGAGGUCCUUGUUAUCGGCAAAGGCGGAGCAAAUGAACAAAUCGACCACAGAGGGGUUCUUGAUCUCUGCUGGAAACACAAACUCGGUGCUGAAAUUCUGCCUACUCCAAUCGCCAUCGGAAUCUUCAACUUUCUCAAUUCAGAAGGACGCUACGUUGCAGCAGCCUUGAUUCCCCCAAUUAGCCCUGAUUUGUAUGAUGUUGACCAACGUCGUCUAAAACAGCUGGAAGCUUCCCGAGACCUUCAACUUUCCAUUGAAAAUAAACCCAAGAUCAAGAAGCUCCCACAACUGAAAUUCCCACGUCUUUUGAAACCAUCCCCUGAAAGCACUGAUCGUAAGGAUAAGUAG